AAUCUUUCCUCCCUUCCUUCUAUGCUCACAGGCAGCUUAACUGUUCAGCCCACCCACCUUCCCUCUCCUCUCCGAUUCGAUUCGAUUCGAUUCCGUUCGCAUGUCGUCGGAGCUCCGGCUCCAUUGACGGAGCCCCAUGCUCACACCCAUCAAUUUUACCCUCUCAGCUGCUGAGCUCCUUCUUUUUUCUAGUUAUCAGAUCGUUCGUCUCAGUCUCUCUCCCGAAUUCCUCUCUCAGAUCUUGAUCUCUGAGAAAUGUCCAAGGCGUGGGGCGUCGGCUCCUGGGCCGCCGAGGCGGAUGCCGCCGAGGAGGAGGAGCGGCAGGCGGCGGCAGCCGCUGCCAUGGCCGGCCCCGAGCCACAGAGCUUCCCUAGCCUGAAGGAAGCUGCCACCGCCAAGUCCAAGAAGAAAAAGAUGUCCCUGACGGAAUUCCACUCCGCUGGCUCCACCGGGACCGGCUCCAGCUCCGCCUACAAGGGCCUCACCACCGAUGAGAUGCUCCGGCUCCCUACCGGCCCCAAGGAGCACUCUGCUGAGGAGCUGCAGCAUGGCCGACUCGGCGGCGGCUUCUCCUCUUAUGGAAGGUCCGGUCCGAUGCGGGGCAGGAUGCACGACGAGGGCGACAGCUCGUGGGGUGGCGGUGGGAGCAGGAGGUCGUAUGGUGGUGGAUUUGAUGAUGAUCGUCGCGGGCCACUGCCUUCCAGGGCUUCAGAUUUUGAUCAGCCUUCUCGUGCCGAUGAGGUGGAUAAUUGGGCAACCACGAAGAAAACGCUCCCGUCGUUCGAUUCAAGCCGGCCAGGUCGGUACAAUUCACUCGGAGGAGGAGGAGGAGGAGGGGGCAGCUCCAGGGCUGAUGAGGCUGAUAAUUGGACUUUCGGGAAGAAGCCCCAGUUCCAACCACCACCUCCUGCUCGACAUUCCAGCUUCAGUUCCGGGUUUCAUGAUUCAAGGACCGAGCCAGAUCGGUGGACUAGAGGAGAACCACUGCCCUCGGAGCGCCCUAGAUUAGUGCUGGCCCCUCCAAAAGAGAAUUCCAAUACAGGUGCGGACGAGCCUGCUAAACCAGUUCGGCCUAGUCCAUUUGGGGCCGCUAGGCCGAGAGAGGAGGUGUUGGCCGAGAAAGGUUUGGACUUCAAGAAGCUGGACUUGGAGAUUGAGGCCAAAAAGACCGGUGGGCCUACAAGUGCGAGUUCCAGCAGGCCUUCGAGUGCACAGUCGGCAAGGUCCGAGAGUACUGAGAAUGUGGUGAAGCCAAGGCCGAAAGUAAACCCAUUUGGAGAUGCCAAGCCUCGGGAAGUGUUGUUGGAAGAGAAAGGGAUGGACUGGCGCAAAAUCGAUUUUGAAUUGGAGCACCGUCGUGUGGAUCGGCCUGAGACAGAGCAGGAAAAGAUACUGAAAGAGCAGAUAGAAAGCUUGAAGCUAGAAUUGGAACGGGAAGUUGCUUUUAAGGGGAAGACUGAAUCUUUGCAAGGUUCAGAAGAAGAUCAAACCAGUGUAAGGUUUAUAUUGUCUCAAAAAGAGAAGGAACUGGAAUUGCUGAUCCGUGAUUUGGAUGAUAAAGUUCGGUUCGGUCAAAAAGCGGUUGACAGACCUAGUUCCAGAGCAGGCAGUGUUAGUAGCUUUUCAGAGAGGCCACCCUCUCGGUCCAGUUCAGUUGAUGAGUCCCGUAGCGUAGACCACAGCGUUCGCCCUCUAUCCCGAGGUACAGGAGAUGCAUGGGGAAGGCCCAUUAGUGAAAGAAGAAUGUUCCAAGGUAGCAGGGAAAAGGGAUUUUUUACCAAUAGAGACUUCGACGGGUCAAGUUCGAGGCAGAGAUGGUGAAUUGCUUCGGUAGGCUCUCUUACUUUACUUCUGAUCUGAUAACUGUGAAGUGGACACAAAUUUUGCUUCUGUACUUUUUUCUUUCUUUAGUAUGGAAAAGUUGAGCAGGGAUUAUUGGAGUACUUUGAUGGGAGUACGAACUGCAAAUAUGUCGGUUAUAGUCUAAUUUUGUCACUCUAUUGAGAGGAGAAACCUAUAUUAAUUGCUUUGUGGGGACUUUCAAGUCUCAGAACUACAUUGUGGAUAGUCCUUUUUUGGGGUGUUAUGUUAUAUAUAUACAUUGCCGGAUGUAUCCUUCCUGGUUAUGUCAUGAUGUCCUAAUGGGAUC